GGAUCUCGAGGUCAAGAUAAGAAAAAAGUGCACUUAAAUUGGCGAGAACAGAAGUCAAUCUAUUUAGUAAUUGGUGGGCGUCGGUCCUGGCUGGAUGGAUGGACUUAAGUGUUUUUGUGGUGUUUGUGAGUGAGUUUUUUUGCCGGACCUCCUGCAACACGCAUGCAUCCGAAUAGAAAUGAAGCCUUUUUUGAAGCAGGCGUUCGUAGUGUCAGGGGCUGCGUUGAACAUCGCCGGCCACGGCUGCGCUCACGGUUUUCCCGCCGUUCUGUUCGCUCAGCUGCAGAGCAAUGGCGGCGUGCCCGUGCACCUCACUGACCAUGACAAGUCCUGGAUUGCCUCAGUGGUCGGCCUCAUUGGCAUCUUCGGCAACUUCUUAUCCCCGGUGCUGAUGACGCGCUUCGGCCGCCAGAAGACCCACCUCUUCACCACCAUCCCUGCCAUCAUCGGCUGGAUCAUCUUCUACUUCUCCAACUCUGUCACUCUCUUUCUUCUAGCGCGAAUCUUACACGGCCUAGCUCUUGGCCUGCGAACGCCAUUGGCAGCCAUCUUGGUUGCAGAGUACACUGACCCGAAAUACCGCGGAGCGUUUCUUGGUACCUUCGCCAUAUCAUUAGGCUUGGGGAUAUUCUUGUCACAUUUAUGGGGGGCUCAUCUCAGUUGGGAAAUGACAGCAGCUGUCUGUUCCCUGUUUCCUUUAAUAGCCAUGGGAGUUAUAAGUUUGUCGCCGGAAUCUCCCUCGUGGCUUGUGUCGAAAAAUAAGUUUGAUGAAGCCAGAAAGGCUUUUAAGUGGCUAAGAGGUGAUGAUGUAGAGCAAAUGAAUGAGUUGGAAGCAAUGAUUAAUGCUCAAAAGGCUGAUAAAACUUUACUCGAUGAUGUAAGAGAGGAUACUAAGGAAUUCGCUUGGAAUGACGUUACAAAAAAUGUGUUUAAUAGGUUAAAGUAUGUUUUAAAGAUUUUUAAGAAGAAAGAGUUCUAUAAACCGGCUCUAAUAGCCAUUACUAUGCUAUUGGUCUUUGAAUUUGGUGGGGCUCAUAUGAUUCCAGCUUAUGGCAAUCAAAUUUUACAAGCGGUGCUUGAUAAAAAGGAUCCAAAAGAUGUUAAUUUACAGUUCACAGUUAUAGAUUUAUUGCGCACAGUCUCAGCAUUUCUUGCAAUAUUCCUUUUGAAAUAUUACAAUCGAAGAACAAUUUUGUUCACUAGUGGGGUUUUGACUGUAUUCUCAUUAUCGUCUAUUUCAGUUUUUGUCUAUAUGAGAGAAUCAAAUAUGUUUGACGAUGUAUGGUUACUUGAUAUUGUGCCGAUGUUUUUGAUGGUUUUAUAUACUUUGUCAUUCUGUUUAGGUUUAGUGCCAUUAACGUGGGUUAUUUGUGGAGAAAUAUUCCCGUUAGCUUAUAGAAGCUUAGGUUCUACUUUAUCUACGUCAUUUUUAACUCCUUCCUUUGUAAUUUCUAUGAAAACAGCUCCUCAUCUGUACUCAUCCAUAGGAGUUCAAGGGGCUUUUUUAGUAUACUCUGCCACUUUGACUGUAGGUUUAUGUAUAAUAUAUGCAUUGUUACCAGAAACUAAGGAUAGGACAUUGCAAGAAAUUGAAAAUAGUUUUAAGGGUAAGGUAAACGACGAUGUGGAAGCGGAAAUGAGACUGGUUGUAAAAAACUGAAAGGUAUUUAAUAUUAAAUUGAAACAUAAUUGAUUGUACUUAUUAUAAAUAACAUUAUUUGUAAGAUAAAUAAACUGUCUGUGAUAUUACUUUGGAGUUUUUAAUUUAUUAAGGGUCUGUUUCACAAUGUCUGGAUAAUGGCUACCUGUGGGUAUGUCGCUGUCUUGAACAUAAAUACAGAGAGUGACAGCAUGUCUUCUAUCCCACAGAUAGCCAAUAUCCGGAUAUUGUCAAUCAGGCCCUAAGUAUAAUCCUCAUUAAUUUGUUUCUAUUAAGUACAUUAGCAAAUGUUAAAAUGCACAAAUGUAAAAAAAAGUCUAAAUCCGAGUCGCCUCUCGCAUGAAAGGUUCCGUACCAUCAUCCUAUCCUAUAAGUCCCUAUACAUAUAGGACUAAAAUAUUUUUUCCAGAAUAGGCAGGUUUGUAUAUGAAAGCUGCAAACGUAUUAAUGUUCUGCAUGAGUAAGUAAGUACCAAUGAAAUCACAUCCAUCUUGCAUGCAAUGAUUAACUGAUAAAUAACAUUUUAAUUCGUAUAAUAUACC